UGUUGGGCCGCCCACAGGAUCGAGGACAAAAACAAUCGGCAUCCCUCUGACAGAGCUGCGCAAACUAGGAGAUCCAAGCGAAUUAAAAAGCGGUUAGAUAUAUUUAAACUGUUUUUGUCUCUCAAUCGACACGACAACUUUAGGGGAGAAAUGGUGUCUCCGGUAACAGUGGUGAAGAGCGAAGGUCCCAAACUGGUGCCGUUCUUCAAGGCAACCUGUGUUUACUUCGUCCUGUGGCUGCCCACCUCCAGCCCUUCCUGGUUCAGUGCCCUCAUCAAAUGUCUGCCCAUCUUCUGCCUGUGGGUGUUUCUGCUGGCUCAUGGAUUCAGCUUCCUUGGUGCUCACUCCAGCGCCCGCAAGAUUCUGGCUGGCCUCAUCUUUUCUGCUCUGGGCGAUGCCUUUCUCAUCUGGCAGGAGCAGGGAUACUUCGUCCACGGUCUUCUCAUGUUCGCCAUCACCCACAUUCUUUAUUCAUCCGCCUUUGGGAUGAAGCCAAUAAACGUUCGCGCUGGCCUGGUGAUCACUGCGGUGUCCACCCUGUGCUACCUCCUGCUGUACCCCUACCUGUCCGGACCAUUCACCUACCUGGUGGCCGUCUACAUCGCUCUGAUUGGCUUCAUGGGUUGGAGAGCCAUCGCGGGCCUGCAGCUGACCAACGACCUCUGGACCUGGACCAAGCUGUCGGCCUGCCUGGGCGCCGUACUCUUCAUGGUCUCUGAUCUCACCAUCGCCGUCAACAAGUUCUGCUUCCCCGUGCCCCACUCCCGAGCCAUCAUCAUGGCCACCUACUACGCCGCCCAGAUGCUAAUAGCUCUGUCCGCCGUCGAGUGCCAGGAUGCGGAGGUUUCCCGGAAGAGAACAUGAGGUGACGCGGUCUCCAGGAAACACGAGGCUGGGGAGAUGGCUCCAACUCCGGCCUUGAGUGAUCAUGGACGCAUCUCACCGCCAGAUCUCAAACCCCCAGCCUUCAUCUUGGUGUGGCGCUCCCACACAAUUGUUAUCAUGGCAACUGAUCCGCUACACGAUGAUCUCCCUGCGAUCCCACUAGUAUGGUAGUUUCAUAUGUAUCUCUUUAUAAGGAAGAUACUGUAGUAUUACUCUAGCCUCUCUCGAGUGCAAUCAAACCUUAAAAAAUGCUGUGUCUCAACCAAGUUAUUAAGAGGGCAAGUGUAGAAUUAAUAUCCAUCUAUAGAACGCAUUAAUUUACUUGCAACUAGGUUGAUUUAAGGGGAGCAAGUUACUGGGCACCUACAAGUAGUGUGUAUGAGAGAGUGGUUUUCUGUGAGUGUGUGUUUGCAGUUUUGUGAUUGAUUUACACUGUUACCUCACUGUCCAUACAGUGCUUUGACGCACAGUCUCCGUACAGAUAUAACGCCACACAUUUGUACUUUGAGUGGUCCAUUAAGAUAAUUUACCAAUGCAUUUCUUGUUUUUGCUUUAGUCAUGUCAAUUCUUCCAAAAGGGAUAUUUUUUAUACAAACCAUUGCCCUUAUCUGUGGCUCUAGGUCCCUCUUCAUUAAGGGUGCUAAUCUUGGAGCUAAGGGCAUGUACAUACCUAUUUAAUUAAUUAUCUGCAGUCCCUUUCAUUUCAUUCGUAACAACCUCUCUUCUUUUGGUUAAAUAUGCUCUUUACACUCUGACUGAUUCUGCUUAAAUGAAUAGAAUAUUUUUUUCUUCCUUUAAAACCCCAUUGAAUGACUAGAUGAAAAUAAGAUGAGUAGUACAUGUUGUUUUUGGAAGCUCAAUCCUUCAGUUUUAGGAUCUAAUUGGCCCUGCUGGUAAGGUCCUGCAGGUGCAACACGUUUCAUCGUAUAUGCAUCACCUAUAGAAGUUACACCUUCAACAGCACCACACCUGACACUUAGCACAUCAUGUUGGUUUAGUUAUUAGGGAAGUUCCUUGGGGGUCUUGUUGUCUGACUCAAUCAGCUGACCCGUGCUGUUAAUGGCCGUGUUAUGAAAACAGAAAAAGAAAGGGCUUUGUCGCUGGCUGGACUCAUUUUGUUGAUAAACUCUGCCGGCAGAGUCUGCAACUAUGGAGGCAUUCACUCAUUCGGAACGACAUGCACACAGAUUUACGCAAGGCGUAAACAAAAAAGUGCGGGUCGGCUUGGCAGAAACAGGGAGACAAGAGAAAGCGUCUUGUCGUGCAAAGGAACAGUUAUCCCAUUAUUCCAGAUUCUUCCUUCGCACAGGAAAUCUCUGAAAAAUCCACUACAGCUUAUCCUCGACAAGACUAAUUGUAGUUUUUUCCGCCUUCAUCCCCACUGUUGUUUCUUUUAACAUAUUUUAUUUUGAAGUGUCUUACUGAACUAACUCUACCUUUUUGCACGCCUUUUAGAGUGUGAGUGUAUUCGUCUUAACUGUUGAGUGGAAGUCAGACUCAGCUCAAAUACUGUGACACGACAGAUGAAACAGACACACUGGGUAUGUUCAAGUAUUCGUAUAAAGACUCUUAACUCUCUUUCUUUACUCACUCCUCUUUCUAACUGUAGCUGUAUUAUAUAGGUCACAGAAACUGUCAGUUUUGAUUAGUUUUGGCUGAACAGAUCCAAACUCUGGACUUUACUGUUUCUGUUUCUGGACGUACUUUGCUUUACGAUGCAGCGCCUUGGUAUUACUAUCUUGAAAUUUUCCAUAUUUGCAACCACGAAUCUUGGAUAGAUUUUAUGUGACAGACUAACACUAAGAAGGACAUAUCUAUGUCAUAAAAGUCUUCUAGUGUAUUUCUCUACCAGCUUUCUUUCCCAUGUUCGGAACGCCCAUUUUCUUACAACCUAUCUAAGAGAUUUGCUUCCAGAAUUAUCUUGAAUUUUACUCCAUCCAUCACCCCGUCCACCAGCAAUUUGAUUUAAGUUAAUUUCCUUGAGAAACAAAGUAUUUUUGAUUUAACUGAAUUAAAUUUUUUGGGAGCUCAACCAAUAGUUGCCCUGUGAGCAGAUUCUCCCGCCUGAGCUGUCAUCAUUUCAGAAGUUCUGAAAAAACUUUUGACUGAACUAAUGAGAGAUCACAUUUUGUCCUGUAAGAAUAUGCUUUAGGAACCAAGAGGAUUACAAAGGCUGACAUGAAAUAACCUGUGUGAAGACUGUUUACACUAUAAACAGGCAUGGAAAAUGAUUGCUCCUCAUUCUGGGUCAAUGACCCACUGAGCUGCCAGUAUCAUCAAAAACACACACACACAUCAAAAUAUGUUUGCAUCACAUGAGCCACCGUAACGAGAUCUGCAGACAGAUGCCUGACCAAGAAAAACACCAGUUCCCAGCAGCCAUUUUUGAUCACUGCUUUAUCAGACAGUUCCUCAAUCUCCUUCCGCCGUGUCAGUGCGUUCGUCAGCAUUAUCGUUCUGCUUUGUCUGGCAAUCUCUUUCACUGCUCUGCACAUAUGAGCGCUAGUCUUGUGUUCCAUGUUUUAAUUAAUCCUCCCGGCAUUGCAGAGUUCUUGCACAGAGUUUUCCACUCUGAUAAAAAUAAACCUUUGCGCUUAGAAGCUAUCAGAGGUCUACUAGAAGACAUGCAUUAGUCCGCCUGCUCCGUCCUAAUAAGACAGAGUAAGUGGAGUGAAUAAAGAAGUGAAGUAGAGAAGAUGGAUAACACGGAUGAUUCUAGCAUACAGUCUCGAGUUGAACGAAGAGGGGGCUGGUAAUAUUAAGCCAGGCAGUCUUAUUUAUCCUCAGUGUGUGGGCAAUUUAUGUAAGCACUGCUUCUUUGUACGGAGCCAGAAAAAGCCGUCUGACUUUUGUUCCUUCUUCUGGAAUGGUCCCACGCUAGAGGCACGAUUCACUGAAGUAUUCCUAAAAUAUUCUUGAGGAAGCAUAUGUCUUUUGAAACAAGUAUUUUUAAGGAGUGGUGUAUGGUCAUGUUUAAGUUGUCCUUUUUAAAUCUUCUUCAUUGAGUCAUCAAAUGCUUCGAAAAGUAUUAAAACCUCUUGAACCUUUUGACAUUUGUCAUAACAGCCACAAAUCUCAGUAUGUUUUGAUGGGGUUUUUGACAUGUUUGACAAACAGGAAGCUGUGUUGUUGUGAUUUAGUUGAAACAGGAAGUGAUUACAAAUAAUCAGAAAAUUGCGCCGUCAACAUCUAUUCAGCUCCAUCGGGUCAAUACUUUGCUGCAGGUUAUUUGACUUAUGAAGAGAGAAUGAACCUCCUGCAGGCCCUUCAAUUUGCCUCGGAGAUUUCGAUUUUCUUCCCAUAAUCUUCCUGUCCAUUCAGAUUCUCUGCAGCAAACCAUCCCCACAGCAUAAUGCUACCACCAACAUGUUUCAUGAUGGGUCCAGAGUGUUAGCGUUUUGGACACUGACCUGUGAAUCUCUGCAGCUCAUCUGGAGGUAUCUGAGACCUCUUGAAUGAAGCAAAUCACUCUAAUUCAUGCUUUUCUUGCUCUUGGAUGCCACAUUUUGCAAGUUUGGGGAUACUCAUAUAAUUUAAAGCCUGCUUUAGGUUUCUCCACAUUUUUAUCCCUGACCUGUCUGCUCCUUGAUUGCCAAGAUUUUUUCUAAUGUUUUCUGACAAACCUCCGAGACCUUCAGAUGCAAGAUCACUUUUCUAAUAACAUGACCUUUGAAGGCAGCUAAUUGGAAAGGAUUUUAUAUUAGGGUGACAGGGGCCAAAUGCAUAUGCUUACCACACUUUUCAUAUUUUUUGUGGGAUCAAAAUUUAGAAAACAAAUUUAUGAUUCACCUUCACAGAAUCAUAACCUACUUUGUUUUGGUCUAUAACAUAUAAUCUGAAUAAAAUACUCUGGUUUCUUGUUGCAACAUGAAACGUGAACAUUUUUAUCAAGGUAAUAAAUCUUUUGCAAGGCACUGUAUAUUUGAUUGAGGCAGAAGUAACAAGAAACUGUUCAUAGUACUGGAUCUCGCAUAUCAAACACCCUUUUGUCUCCAGCUCAGCGUUGCAUAUGGCCGUCCUUUGCCCCAGGGAUGUUAUUGUUGAGCGGCAUUUCACUUGGAAUAAGGUGAGCUGCUGAAAUAUGACACACAGCGGGAAGAGUCUCCCCCCCCCAUCCAUCAGGUUAGCUCCCAUCCUGUUCCCCCACAGGUGGCAGACCAGCAGGCGCAUCACUUUACCCCACUCUGUCAACAACACUGUUGUUCUGAGCUUUUCAUGCACAGACAGACGGAGACCUGGGAGAGUCUGAAUGCUUUUGGCCUGAGUUAAGCUGGAACCAAUUGCUGUUGCAUUGUAAAAAUAUGUGUGUUCUGAAAAAUGCUACCCUUUGAGUUUCUAUUUCUCUUUCGUCUGUGUUUUUAAUCAAUUUUCUUGUCAUUUUUACUUUGAAACAUUUGCUGUUAAUUCAAUGUGCUCAUGACCAUCAGCCGGUGACAGUCAAUAUAAUGAGCUGGAAAGUUUUUUGUCUUUACUCCUGCAUGACAGAUUGAAUAUGUUCUCCAUGUGAUUGAAGCACUAAACACCCAAAGGUUUUAUGAUGAUAGUUCUCCAGCACCGGUUUAUGAGAAGUAUGUAAAUUGCCACCUUCUCUUUGUAUUCAAGCUGCUGUGUGCUGCACUUUUUUAUAUCCAGGGUCAGGCCAGUCAGUCUUUAAAACUUGAUCUUAAAACAGACAUUUUUUUGUGUACCUUAUCAAUUUAAAGUACAAUCUACAUAUUUUUUUUCUUUUGCUGGAAAACAACUAAAAAAAGAAAAGUAACUUUAAAAGAAGAUUAUUUUCCUUUCAAGUAUUAUCAACCCUGAUGUGUACAACUUCCUUUAAAGUAUUAUCCUUUCAGUUCCAGAAAGUGAGAACCUAAAAUAUAAAUUUCUUCAUUUGUUUGUUUGUGUAAAACAAUGUUUAUUUCCACAAACAAACAAAAAUAGUUAUUAAAGCCAAUAAACAUGCAUCAUUUCUUACAGUUUACUUAUUGUCCUGGAUUUUCACUUUGAGAUAGAUUUUUUUUUCCCAUGACUGUGGAGAUUCUAUAAUUUGUUUGCUGUUGUGAAACUCUGCAAUGAAUGUGAAUAUCUGUUGGAGAAAUAAAUGCAAUUGCAAUGCAACUUCA